UCCACAUCGAACCAGUCCAGCGGUUUCGCUUCCUCGCUGUCAUGAAGCCAUUCAUAGGAGAAGCAGAGAGUGGGAAUGUAGCGAGCAAUCGAGCGGCUAUGUCCCAAUCAGGAUGAUAUCGCAGCGGGAAAAAGGUGAACUUGCUCGAUUUUACACGGUUACAGACCCCAGAAAGCACGAGAAAGGAUAUACUGUUUACAAAGUCACAGCAAGGAUCAUCUCCCGCAAAACCCCUGAAGACAUCCAGGAGAUCACCGUAUGGAAAAGGUACAGUGACUUCCGGAAGCUUCACCAGGACCUCUGGCAGAUUCACAGGCACCUCUUCCGCCACUCCGAGCUCUUCCCACCCUUCGCCAAGGCCAAGGUCUUCGGUCGUUUUGAUGACUCUGUGAUUGAGGAGCGGAGGCAGUGCUCUGAAGACCUGCUGCAGUUCAGUGCAAACAUCCCAGCACUCUACAGCAGCCAACACAUCGAGGACUUCUUCAAGGACGGAGAGGUCCAGGACGGGUCGGAGCUCAUCGGGCCGGCGGAACCUUUCUCCGACUUCCUUGCUGACAGCCUAUCAGAUUGCAGCGCUGAAGUUCCCAGAGACAUUGGUGGAGUGGAUGAUCUGACCGUCACCAGCCAGUCGGAGUAUGGAGGCCUGUCCAGUGAGAGCGAUCUGAUCUCCCUGCUGGUGGACGAAGACUCCCUCCCUGAGCUGGACGAUGGCAUGGCCUCAGGCAGCGAGUCACCCAAUCAUGUGGCCCCUCCAGACGCUGGCCCCGCCCCCGCGGCCCAGCUGAGAGAGGCUCUUGCCAGCAGGGCGGCGCCGGAGGUCCUCCGCUCCAGCAGGGCGGCGCUCUUUCCCAGCGCACUGAAGAAGAAGACGAAGGACUAUCUGGACAGGGCUGGAGAGCUCAUCCGAUUGGCUGCUCACAAGGAGGCCGAGGGGGACGUUCAGGCCGCACUCACACACUACAGGGGUGGCGUAGACCUGCUGCUGCAGGGAGUACAGGGUGAGGUCAGUCCGAGCCGUAGGGAGGCAGUGAAGAGGAAGACUGCCGAGUAUCUAAUGCGUGCUGAGCUGCUGACCAAUCAGCACGCUCAUCUCAACGACAUCAUGGGACAGAGCUCAACACAGAGCGCGGUGCUGGGGUCUCAGUGCUGCAGGCCCAGUUGGAGUCACCAGAGUCAGUGUGACGACCUGAACAACUACAGAGUGCUUGGGGUCAUCGACAAGGUCCUUCUUGUUAUGGACAAGAGAACUCAGGAGACGUUUAUUUUAAAGGGCCUGAGGAAGAGCAGUGAGUGUGGCCGUGUGAGGAAGACCAUCCUCCCCCACAGCGUGCCCCACAUGGUGCGGCUCAGGAAGUUCAUCGUGGCGGAGGACUCCAUCUUCCUGCUGGUGGAGUACGCCGAGGGGGGGAAGCUGUGGUCCCACAUCAGUAAGUACCUGCGCAGCAGCAGUCCUGACGAGAGCUUUGACAUCCCCUUCAUCCAGAAGUCCCACACAACGGCCAUCCACUCCGCCGUCGCCGUGGAGACGGCCCCCCCGGCCCCGGGGCCCGAGCUGGGCAGCUCCGGGAGUGUGGACUCGGGGCCCGGCGGGGCAGGGGGAGGCGUCUCCAGGCUCCAGCCGCAGGGGGGCAGCCUGCUGGACGCGGCCCUCAGAGGCCGGCGGGGCCUGGGGGAGGGGGCGGGGUCACAGGGGCCCCCCCGGGCCGAGGCGGGGGCCACACCCGAGGCGGGGGGGGAGGGGUGCACCAACAGCUACCUGACGCUGUGCAACGAGUACGAGCAGGAGAAGGUGGAGCCGGUGGCCCUCGGGCGGGGGGGGGGGCCGCGGGAGGCCAAGAGAAGCACAGGGGGGGUCAGUAACGGGGCCUCCGUCGUCACGGCGACCCCGCGGACAAAGCUGUUACUUAGCAACGACAGCCUGUCGUCGCCCGUGGGCCAGGGCGUGGGUUUCUUCGCGGAGGAGGAAGAGGAAGAGCGAAGCGAGGUCUUCAGCGCCGACUCGCUGGACCGCUCCAAACACUCGCCCAUGGAGUUCUUCCGCAUCGACAGCAAGGACAGCGCCGGCGAGGUCACGACCUGCCACGACCUCUCCACCGAGGUCACCGAGGUCACCGAGGUCAAGGGUCACGUGUCUGAGCUGUGGAGGCCCUCCAGCCAAGCGGUGCCCGUCAUCUCCUUCACAGAGGCGGGAGGCGGGGGAGGGGUGGAGGAGGGGCGACCUCCUGACCUCCUGGUGAACCUGCCCAGGGUCGGCGGGGUCGGCGGGGUCGGGGCGGACCCGCUGGAGGAGGAUCUGGUUGCCGCCGGUGUUACCGUGGCGAUCGAACCCAAACCGUCGCCCCAGUUUGGCAAGCCGGACGUGCUGCAGCUGGACCACGACAUGGGCGAGGAGGCCGACCCCGAUUGGUCGCUGGAUCAGGACGAGUCGUCGGCGUGCUCGACCCAGAACUCAACGGGAGACUCUUUUCCAGCUGGCACUUGUGGAGCCAACAUGGCCGCCGGCGCGUCGUCGUGUGGAGCCAACAUGGCCGCCGCUGACUCCAGCUCUAUGGACAUUCCCCUUAGCAGUGCUGCCACUGCCUCUCGCUCCGCCUCCAGCGCAGACAUUCCCUUCGCAGACUCGAGCGAGGCGUCGGGCCUGUCGGAGCCCAGUGGGGACCCGCUGCUGCCCGUGCAGGCGUGUGCGGAGGUGGAGGAGGAGGAGGAGGAGGUGGCGGGCGAGGAGGAGGAGGAGGAAGAGGCGGUGGCGGCGGGUCGUGACGUGUCCCAGCUGUUCCGUGAGCUGGACGAGUUGAGCGCGGCGGCCGCCCAGGUUCGCAUCCCCGAGGAGUUUGUGUGCCGCUGGGCCGGGGAGCUGGUCGUGGCCCUCCACACACUCCACACGCAGGGCCUCAUAUGCAGGGACCUCAACCCCAACAACCUGCUCCUCAACGACAGAGGUACACACACACACACACACACACACACACACACACACACACACUCCACACGCAGGGCCUCAUAUGCAGGGACCUCAACCCCAACAACCUGCUCCUCAACGACAGAGCUACACACACACACACACGCACUAUCUCUCACACACACACACACACUCCACACACACAUACACUCCACACACAGGGCCUCAUAUGCAGGGACCUCAACCCCAACAACCUGCUCCUCAACGACAGAGCUACACACACACACACACACACAAACACACACACACCCAGCCCUAACACACGUCCUCAACGACAUCCUCAACCUCCUGUUGUGUGUGUGUGGUUGUGUGUGUGUGGUGUGUGUGGUGUGUGUGUGGUGGUUGUGUGGUUGUGUGUGUGUGUGUGUGUGUGUGUGUGUGUGUGUGUGUGUGUGUGUACCCCAGUCUCACCUGAGCUGAGACGAUGCAGACAGACAGACAGACAGACAGACAGACAGACAGACAGACAGACAGACAGA